GCUCUAGGCUGCGUCUCUAUUGUCAGAAUGCUGGAGGAGUGCUGGGCAGCGAGAUUAAGGAGCGGCGACGCUCUAGCACGAUCUCCUUGGCCGCGACAGGGUUGGAGCUGGCACUCUAAACGGGGACUCUAUGGUCAGGCGAGGCCGGCGCCGGCUGCAGUGUGGUGGGAAAGGUGGAAGGCCGCGCUCUGGGCGGGCACCCCGGAUCUCUAUGGUUGGAGGAGCGCCAGCCGUUCGGUUUGGAGCGGCGCUCUAGGCCGGCUGGAUCUCUGUGCUCCGGGCCGGUUGCUAGGCUGAGCGGGGCCUAGGCCGCGGCGUGUCCGGGGCGCCAUGGCCGCGUCCCCGCCCCCGCCCCCGGCGCCGGCGGCGGGUCCCCCGGACGGGCUCUGCGUGCUGUGCUGUGGGGAGCUGGAGGUGGUGGCGCUGGGCCGCUGCGACCACCCGAUCUGCUUCCGCUGCUCGGUGCGGAUGCGGGCGCUGUGCGGGGUGCGGUACUGCGCGGUGUGCCGGGAGGAGCUGGGCCAGGUGGUCUUCGGAAGGAAGCUUGCAUCUUUCUCAACAAUACCAAUCAACCAGCUGCAGCAUGAGAAGAAAUAUGACAUCUAUUUUGCUGAUGGAAAAGUUUUUGCACUGUAUAGGAAGCUACUGCAGCAUGAAUGCCCUCUGUGUCCAGAUGUGCGGCCCUUCAGCACCAUUGUGGACUUGGAACAGCACAUGAGAAAACAGCAUGAGCUCUUCUGUUGUAAACUGUGUGUUAAACACCUGAAGAUCUUUACGCAUGAACGUAAGUGGUAUUCCCGCAAAGACCUCGCUCGACAUCGAAUACAUGGGGACCCAGACGACACAUCUCAUCGUGGGCAUCCCCUUUGUAAAUUUUGUGAUGAGCGUUAUUUAGACAACGACGAGUUAUUGAAACACUUGAGACGAGAUCACUAUUUCUGCCACUUUUGUGAUUCAGAUGGUGCUCAGGAAUAUUACAGUGAUUACGAAUACCUUCGUGAACACUUCCGUGAAAAGCACUUCCUUUGUGAAGAGGGACAGUGCAGUACAGAACAGUUCACUCAUGCUUUCCGUACAGAAAUAGAUUACAAAGCACACAAAACAGCCUGCCACAGCAAAAGCAGGGCUGAGGCCAGACAGAACCGACAGAUUGAUCUUCAGUUCAACUAUGCUCCCAGGCACCAACGAAGGAAUGAGGGUGUUGUGGGUGGAGAGGACUAUGAAGAAGUUGACAGAUAUAACAGGCAAGGACGACCAGGUAGAUCGGGACUCCGAGGAGGACAGCAAAACAGAAGAGGGAGCUGGAGAUAUAAGAGGUCUCUGGUUGGCCUGUGCUUUGGAAAAAGAAGAGGGGAAGAAGAAGACCGAGAUAUUGCAGCAGCAGUCAGGGCAUCAGUAGCGGCAAAACGGCAAGAAGAAAAGAAACAGGUAGAGGAUAAAGAGGAUGGCAGUCGAGGUAAAAAAGAAGAAUUGAGGGAUCCAGAAGUGUCCAACACUAAGCGAGUGCCAAAGCCUUCAAAUGAAGCCUCAGUUCCAAAAGAAGCAGCUGCUAAUGGUGCUUUAAGCCAAGAUGACUUUCCAGCGAUUGGCUCAGCAGCAGGGCCUCUGCAACGCUCUGCUCAGCCAGCAUCGGUGAAGCUGAAGGAAGAAGACUUCCCAAGCCUUUCCUCCUCUGCAGCACCCACCAUCACUUCUGGGGUGUCUUUAACAUACACAGUUUCUGCCAAGAAAACAGCCUUUCAAGAGGAGGACUUUCCGGCUCUGGUGUCCAAAAUGAGGCCUAAUGCUAGAACAGUGUCAAACAUCACAUCUGCAUGGAGCAACAGUUCCAGUAAAAGCGCGGUUAAAGCCGUCACUUCCCUCAGCUCCAGUUCAAACCAUCUGGCCAAAAAACCAGCACCCUCGAAAAGCAAUAAAGGAAGCAGGAAGAGCAGUAAACUCUCCCUGUCAGAUGAUGAAGACAGCGGCAGUGGCCUGACAACCCAGGAGAUCAGAAAUACACCGACAAUGUUUGAUGUAUCCUCCUUGCUAGCAGCUUCCACCUCACAGACUUUUACUAAAGUGAGCAAGAAAAAGAAGAUGGGAGUUGAGAAGCAAAGAGCAUCAUCCCCCCAGCUGCCAGAGGAAACCUUGCUUCCUGCAUCAACUUUGGAAAAACUGGCAGAAGCUGAGCAGAUUCCAAGUGCCCCUGCAAAUCUUCACCUCUCUGACAGAUCCACAGCUGUCAUGAAUGGUCACUUGGAAAAAUCAGUAGCAAUUUGUAAUGCAUCCAAAGAGCCACCUGGCCUUAAAAAGCCUCCAGUGACUAACCAAUGCCCUUUAUCUCAGGAAGACUUCCCAGCACUCGGGAGCUUGGGACCAUCUAGAAUGCCACCACCAGGCUUUAACUCUGUGGGGCUAUUAAAGAGUCCCCCUCCGCCUCCGGGGCUGUCAGUGCCUGUUAGUAAACCACCUCCAGGUUUUACUGUUAUUCCAUCCACCAAUGUCUCUGAUCCUGUCACUACAUCUCUGAACGAGCCAAAACCCUGUCGAGGAUCUUACUUGAUACCUGAAAAUUUUCAGCAAAGGAACAUUCAGUUAAUACAGUCUACAAAGGAAUUUCUUCAAAGUGAUGAGUCUAGAUUCAAUAAAUUUAAAACUCAUUCUGGACAGUUCAGACAGGGGCUAAUUUCUGCGGCAGAGUAUUACCAAAGCUGCCGAGAGCUGCUUGGAGAGAACUUCACGAAAAUCUUUAAUGAGUUAUUGGUGUUGUUGCCAGACGCAGCUAAGCAACAAGAACUGCUUUCUGCUCACAAUGACUUCAGAAUUAAGGAGAAACAAGGCUCAAACAAACCCAAAAAGAACAAAAAGAAUGUCUGGCAAAUGGACUCUGCUUCUGACCUGGACUGCUGCAUCUGCCCGACGUGUCAGCAAGUACUGACUCAGCAGGACAUACCCUCCCACAAAGCUUUGCAUAUUGAGGAUGAAGAAUUCCCUUCCUUACAAGCAAUCAGUAGAAUCAUCAGUUAGCUUUCACAAAGACCAAUAAAACAGUCUCAAUCUUAAACGUGCACUUUUUGGAAUGAGGUUUGUAGUGUAGUGUGGCCAACUGUGAGGGCCAGUUGAGUGUUCUUACACAGGUUAGCAUUGGGAGGUUUGGUGCAGCCCUGCCUAAAAGAGCUGUAUAACGGGAUCACUGGACUACACCUGUAUCUAAUUAACACCCAAAAUGUUAGCUUCCUAAACACCUGAUUGGAAACAGGCUAACAUUGCAGGUUCGUCAGGCGAGUGGCCACCUUCCACCUUGCAAGACACUACAGUUAAAGGGUGAAAAUAUAUCAUUGUUAUUGGUGGAAACAGCUCUACAGUGUUUUCCUUAAUAUUCUGGUUACAGCUAAUAUUCUAUCUUUGAAGCCACAAAGAGUGAGGGAGGUAAUUAGUGCAGAGUUAGGGAGAGAGAUGGAAGCUGCUACAUUGGUGAAUAAGACCAUUAAAAUGUAUGCUGUAAAUACCUAGCUGUUUAUAUAGCAAGGAAUAUUCCUGGCUGAAAGCUGAAAUACUACUACUACUACUACUACUACUUGAAUUGGACUUAUCUUUCUCUGUGAUUAGUUGAACCUGGGAUUUGAAGUUGCCUCUGACUUUCUAUGUAAUCGUGUUCUAUAAAGAAACUUAUUUUGGAGUACUGCAUGUAGUAAAGUAGUGUUCAAAGCUUUAUUCUCUUCAAAGGGCAUUCUGUUCACCAUAAUUUUAUUUAACAGCUGCCAUAUUUGAUUUCUUGGAUUUGUUAAUGCAAAACAAACGGCAUAUUGGAACAUGAAAUGCUGCUGGUCACUGACCAUUCUGUUAUUCUGCAGUGCCUUUAAGUGCAUUUAUCUCUUUACUGUGGUCUGCACUGAAGAGGAUAAGCUGUUAAGAAUUGUAGGAGUGUUUUACUUCCUGGGACUCCCUUGGUGACAACAGUCUGGAGGAGCUUUGCUCCUACCACUUGGCAUUUAUAAAUCCCAACUGGGGGGAGUGGGGAGGUUGUUUAUUAUCUUAAGCAACUCCUCCAGCAGCAGCUUUAACUCAAGGGAGUGCCGAACAGCUUUCCUGCGAUGCACUUUCAUAGCUGUAGCUUCUUAGUGGCUGAUACACACCAAUCAUGGCAGACCAUGUUUAAUUUUUAACAGAUAAGAAUAGAAAUUAAAAUUAAUUUUUGAGCGACAAGACAGUGCGUUUAAGCAGCACUUUGAUGAAACUGAGCUUGAGCUGUGGAAGCAUUAGUCUUGGCUACAGAAAUUAAUUAUCUUUGCCUUCUCUUUUAUUAUUGAUUUUGCUUGAUGCCAGACUGCACUAUCUGUGGGUUAUUUGUUUUCAUAUAACUCAGGAUAUUUUUGAAUACCUGAUCUUCUACCAUUAUUCAUAGGGCCAGGCUAUAUCCUCUGAAAUGGAGAAGAGAAAUGAUUUUCUAAGGGGUGUAUCUUGUUGCAUGAUGGUGUAUAUGAUGCAUGUAUACAUAGCAAGGGUUAAUGUUUUCAAAUUAUUGUUCCUAAGUUUUAAAUCUCCAUUUCUCAUGCAAUAGAGAUUGGUAUUUUUACGUUUGUCGUGCUACCACCAUUAAAAAGUACUUUUACUAUGAAGCACUUACAUGCUUAUCUGCUAGCUGCUCAUAACACUUUUAUAAGCAAUUGACCCAUGAUGUAAACUGCUUUCCCCUUGUCACUUAAUUUGGUUUGUAAAGUUCAGAGGUGAUGAAAUGCAUAUUCUUUGAAAGAGCAUCUUAUGUCUUCCCUUUAUUUUCAGUUAGUUUCUUCUGUGUUAUCAAACAGUUACGUAGUCCCCACCUAGGGGAUUGAGAACUUGAAGUGACCCAUUUAUCUAGCCUGAUGUCCGUUCAUUGUUCCAUAUGCUCACAUAAUUAAAUAAAGUAUUAUUGGAGUUUUCAGGCCACUUCUAUUAAUUUUUUUUAAAUCUUUAUUGAAAAUAAGUUGCAGUUGGUACACGGACACUGAAAAUACACAAUCACAGAUUGUUCUUUCAAAAGAUCAAUACAAAAAUUGUAAACAUUUUUAUUUACUCCCAUACAUAGUCCACUCUAUACUACAAUGCACGUAGGGUUAUUGACAACUGCAACUCUUUGAAACGGUCUGCUUGUAAAGAGGUAUCUGGAAAAAAUUAAAUUCGCAAACCCCAUUUGGUAUCAGUUUGAUAUUAAAAACUAUUAAAGAAUCUGAGGUUUAAAUGCAUAUUGCAACAAAAUACAGGCAGCUAAAUUUGGGCUUCAAGUUGAUACAUUAAAAGGCCAUCGUUUAAGCCUCAUUUGUGAGGUGGUUGGUUUUUGUUUUUUUGACACGAAUGGCCCCGAGAAGCACUGUUUGUUAAAGUACCAUGAAUAAAUGUAUAAUGGAAAUGGGCUAACAGGCUACACACACACACAUCCACUCACAUUAGAAAAAAAGGCCAAAAAGUGAGUUUGUGGUAGUUCUAUAUAAAAGAAAUACUGAUUUCAUGGAAAUUACUUAGUGAUAAAUGAUGUCCUUAAAGUUAGCCUGGAUCACACCUGCAGCAUGUGGAACUGAAACAUAAUCUGCAAACACUAACUUUUUGAUUUGUGGUAGGAGAGACGAGGGAGUGUGAAUUACUGGCAAUGCAGACCUGAGGAAAAAUAAGAAAUGUACAUGCUAGAAUAGUAAAUGCUAAGUAUUAACAUGAACUGAUCUUCAACAUAGCUGUGAAGUACGGUAAGUACUACUAUGUGCACCUUACAGGCCAGGAAACUGGCCUACUUCAAAGCAUCUGUGCAAAAACCAAACUUAACUCUGUGGUGGUGAUGACAUUACUAGCACAGGGACCAACCUCUGUAUGCUAUUUUAAAGACAUUUUGUUAUGGACAGGAAAAAAAAAAAAAACUUUUCUACUAAACCUCAGUUUAUCAUGUCAUCUUUACUCACUGGAAAUAAUGAAAAGGUAGGAAAUGAUACUUUUUUCCUUAGUGAGACAUUGCCAAUAUACAGCUGUUCUUUUGACCCUACAAUAUUGAACAUGCGAAAACAACAAUGAAGCUUACACAAAAGCACACUGUUUGCUUGUUAACCUCGGUGUUGAAAUGUAUCUCUGUUACUGCACCAAGGCAUUCUGUAUCAAGGCUAUUUCUAUAGAACAACUCUCCAGCAAGGCAUAUGUGAUUUUUUUUUUUAAACA